AUGUCGUCUUCUACUUCGAGAGAAGAAUACGUGUUGCACGACGUUGAGAAGCAAGAGUUGACCAAGACUCAUCUCAAUGAGUAUGAAGAAGAUGAACCAGUGAUCGUGGAGACUUCCGAGGUGACUCAACUAUCGUGGGUUGACCGUUUGGCUUCGAAAUUGAAGGCCGAAACCAAGGGUAUCGAGCCAAUUACCGACGAUGAAAAGGAUGAUACGGAUAUCUUGAAUGCUGCAUCGAUGUGGUUCUCCGCUAACAUGGUUAUUGCAGCUUUCUCCUUGGGUUGUAUCGGUACUUCUGUGUUUGGUUUGAACUUUGGUACUUCUGUUUUGACUAUUAUCUUUUUCAACUUCCUAGGUCUUAUCCCAGUUGCUUUCUUCUCUGUGUUUGGUAUUGAGUUUGGUCUCAGACAGAUGGUUUUGUCUCGUUUCUUGCUAGGUAACGUUACUGCUAGAGUCUUCUGUUUCAUCAACAUUAUUGCCUGUAUUGGUUGGGGUGCUGUGAACACUAUCGCUUCCGCCUCGCUACUACACAUUGUUAACCCAUCUGGGCCAAACUGUCCUCCAUGGGCCGGUUGUUUGAUCAUUGUGUUCUCUACCAUCAUCGUCACAUUCUUCGGUUACAGGGUCAUCCACGCUUACGAGAAAUAUUCUUGGGUUCCAAACUUUGUUGUGUUUUUGGUCAUCAUCGCUAGAUUGGCCAAGUCCGGUAACUUCGCCAACGGCCCAUGGGGUGGUGGUGCUGACACCGCUGCCGGUGUUCUUUCCUUUGGUAGUUCCAUUUUCGGUUUCGCUUCUGGUUGGACCACUUACGCUUCUGACUACACCGUCUACAUGCCAAGAACUACCAACAAGAAGAAGGUUUUCAUCUGUCUUGUUCUAGGUUUGGCCUUCCCAUUGCUGUUCUCCAUGAUCUUGGGUGCUGCUGCCAUGGCAUGUGCCCUAAAUAACGAAAAAUGGAAUGCUUUGUACCAAAGCCACUCCGUUGGUGGUUUGUGUUACGCUAUCUUGGUUGAAGACUCUCUAUGGGGUUUCGGUUCUUUCUGUUGUGUGUUGUUGGCUAUGUCUACCGUCGCAAACAACAUUCCAAACAUGUACUCUAUUGCUCUAGGUACCCAAGCUAUGUGGGAACCAUUGGCUAAGGUUCCUCGUGUUCUAUGGACUUGUGUCGGUAACUUGCUUGUCUUGGCCAUUGCCAUCCCAGCUUACUACAAGUUUGAAUCUUUCAUGACCAAGUUCAUGGAUUCUAUCGGUUACUACCUAGCCAUUUACAUCGCCAUCGCUGUCUCUGAACAUUGCUUCUACAGACGCGGCUUCAAGGGCUACAACAUCUCGGACUGGAACAGAUGGGACAAAUUACCAUUAGGUUACGCUGGUUGUGCCGCUCUCUUUAUUGGUGCCUUCGGUGUUGCCUUCGGUAUGAGUCAAACAUACUGGAAUGGUCAAAUCGGAAGACAAAUUGGUAAGUUCGGUGGUGACAUUGGUUUCGAAUUAGGUGCUGGUUUCGCCUUCAUCACCUACAACAUUUGCAGACCUCUUGAAAAGAAAUACACUGGACGUUAA